AUGUCUGCUGGUAUUAGCGCUUCCGUAGGUGAAGUCUCAGCGUCAGUGAGCGAGCCUGCCACCCUUGUCACUCAAGUUCUUGCGAGCAAUCAAGAGAUAUCCCGACAGAUGACAGGGUUAGAGCAGCGUACAUUUGGACGCCCACCAAGCACCAUUUCAUCAAUCACUGGCCGAGACGCGGUCCCGAAUCCAUCACUGGUCGGAAUGAGCACAACAGAGGACGACAUGAGUGUCGUGACUAUCAAAGGACGUAUUUCGGACUCGCAGUAUAGCACAAAGAGCGAGCCGAUACGCACCUUUGGAUUUUCAUUCGAUCAAGAUCUGAACACUCACCGUCCAUACACACGAACUAUGAAAAGACACUCAGGAGCCCUCGAGUUCGCUGGCAAUACAAUCAGCACCAACAUCCAGCAGACGCCUGAAGACCAGAAAUCCCGUCCCGCGGGCCAGAGGAGUGGAAGCUUGAACAACAUUGAAGAACAGGCCUAUUUUGCGAAAAAGGUUUUGAAGCUCGAUGAGCAGCUAAACGUUUUCGUUACGGAUAUACCGGACCAGCGCGGUUGA